GCACGACUCCGAUAUCAAGAUUGUAUCAAGGAAUCAAGGAUUGAAGUGAACAUUUGGUGUGGCAGUGCAGGUGAUUCCAUCACGACGAGGAGUUGACCCUGUCGAAGAUACAACUUCUUCUACCAGCGUUAUAGCCAGACCAACAUGCCCUAGUAUAAAACAUCACUAGAUAUAUUAGGAUGUUCAAGACUCUGCUUACUCCCCUACGCGCGAGGUUUGACCUGUCUCCACGGUCUCCGACGACCCGGAAUGCUCCUCCUCCUCCCGACGACGAUGAGCUGGCACCGGAGGAUUUCGCGAGGGAUGUACUCAUAGAACUAAUGAGAAACUCUGUGGAAAAUUUGAAGCAGGCGGACACAAGGAAGGGCAAAAUAGAGGUAUUGGCCGAAAUCCAGAGAAUAUUGCUUCAGGAACCACAAACGAAAGAGGUCUUUCGUGAAUUAGAUGGCUUUUUGGUCCUUAUUAGUGUCCUUUCGACGGUUCACCACUUGAAUUUCGGUCCUGUUAUCGAGCCAGAGGAGCAGGUCCUCGCAGACAUGAUUGAAUGCACCCGACUUGUAUUCUCUGUUGCCUCAGACGCCUUAGCCGACCACCCGCAGAACACAGAAUAUUUCAGAACAUAUGUCGGCUACGACUCACUGUCCAGUGCUCUAAACGGACUAGUCACCAAUCCACAGACACUCAACGAAACUCUUGGCUUUCUCCUAUCGUUUGCACUAUCCGAGUUCACCGCGAUUCCUGGACUGUUUUGUAGUUUUCGUGUUUGCACGAAACUGGAUGAUUUCGACGCGACUUUGGCCGAGUACGAUGCUCAGCUUUCCACUGCGAUCAUUGGCCGUCCGGAAGCAAUUUAUCUACUUUGGAGCUUCAUCUCUCCAAGGUCAUACGCGACUCUCAAGCUUUUCGAAGUCCUCGCAGGCGCCAAUCACCGCAAUCGCGCGAUAUUGAGUGUUCCCGAGAUUGUACAGCCAUUGCUAGCGCAUCUAUCUACGGUUCAGGAAAAGAAGGAGAAGACAGUAACGCAGAAACUAGCUAAGAAACUGUUAGAUAUGGGUUCUUCGCCUAUCAUCGCAAGAGGGAUGUUCCAGCGCGUUAUCAAAGCAGACGGGACGCUUGACAUGGACUUGUUAGAAUUAAUUAGAGCUGGGAUGAAAUCACGCUGGCUGGAACAUUUCUCCUUUCGUGAUUCCGCUGGAAUGGUAGUGAGGCAGGAGGGUGCUAAAGCUUUACCGGUCACUGGGUUCACAUUCAUGAUUUGGCUGUGGAUUGAAAGACUUCCUGAACCGAAUACUUCUCGUUUACUCUUCUCAGCCAGCCUUUCGGCAUUGUCAGGAACUUCUGACUCUGAAGAUCUAAUAUCCAUCCGACUGCAUCACGGCGGCCAGCUCGAAUUGUUUUCUUCAGGGAGCAAACAAUCCGUCGUAUUCACCCAGGCGCGUAUACUAAGAGCCAAAUGGACGCACAUCGCACUGGUACAUUAUCCUGGACGCGAUCGGUAUUCGAGUCCUAGUAUACGUUUAUUCAUUGAUGGUGUAUUAUCCGAUACAAUCAAUUGGCAGUAUCCGAAAAAUUCAUCAUCAACAUCUUCCAUCGAGUACAGAUUGGGUGAUAAUUCGAAAGGGGCUACUAUAAGCUGGUGUUUUGCUUCUUGCUACAUGAUCGCCCUUCCACUUGCUGAUGACAUCCCACGAUUCAUUCACCAUCUUGGUCCACGAUACUUUGGUAGUUUCCAGGACACAAAUUUAGCCAAAUUUUUAACAUAUGAAGCCUCUACUUCCCUCAACAUGUUCAUCUCCAAUAUUCAGAUUGCUGCUGCUGCAUCGUCUCAAUAUCAGCCUCAACGCGGUCCCCUCCCUUCUCUCUCUUUACUAUCUCCACCAUCUUCUGCAGCUUUACUCUCACCUUCACCCCUUACGCCAGCUACACCAACUUCAUCACUCUCCGUCAACCCCAAAUCCCCUCUAUCUCCGGGAAUAAUGAUGUCCCACAGCCCGACUGGUCCUUCUUCAAUUCUCAAAGCCGUGAAAGAAGGAAUUGGGAUUGGGUUACCGGAGUCUGCUAUCAUUUUCGCGCUCAGUCCGUUGAGCUGUGAGGAGUCAGGCUUCGCAGAGGGUGGGAGGAUACCAGCGUUGGGGGGAGGUGGCCCCACUGGAGGAGGAGGCGCUGUUAGAGGAAAUGGACAGAGGAGUGGUUUGAUCAGCGGACAUAGAAGUGCAUAUGGCAGUGGAUAUGGGAAUGGGUUAGCAAGUGGGCAGGGUCAGCGAAGUGGGUAUGGGAAUGGACAGAAAAGCGCGCACGGGACUGGGAACGGAGAACCAUCUAGUAAAGACUUCGUUGUGAACGGUGAUGUCUUCGUGAUGAAAGCCAAUUGUUUUGACAAUGCGCUUUGGAGGCUCGGAGGAGCAGCUGUCGCGUUGAGAUUAGUUCAGGUUGCAAAGACUCCCCAUGAACUUUCUAGAGCACUUGGUGUGGUGACGGACGGGAUGAAGAACAGUUGGCAGAAUUCGGAAGAUAUAGAACGGUUACGUGGCUAUGACAUCCUUGCGGAUACACUUCGUUCCAAGGCAGAUAUAAUCAACAUGACCAGCUUUGAGACGAUUUUCGAGUUUUUAGGUCUGAACUUCCGGUCUCCAGACCAAUCAACCAUCGUCAACACCGUGGCUUAUCGAGCUCUAGCACUUGAUUUUGAACUAUGGUCCCAUACCCGAAAAGAUAUUCAACGUGUUCACUUGGAGCAUUUUCUCACUCUCCUCGAAUCAAGUCGAUAUAGACGGUUCAACGUCAAGCAGCAGUUCGCCAAAAUCGGACUAGUACGAAGAUUGCUUUUCGUGUUACAGACAGAUUGGUACAGUGAUGUCCAUGGCCCGGAUUUUGAGAAUUCGGAGUCUAGUUUGCCCUUCCUGAUGGACGCGCUGAAAGCUGGUGCAAAAGCGCUGUGGACGAAGGAUGAUGCAAUUAAGCCUUUGGUGUCGUAUUUAGCUGCUAAUCUGCAGGAAGAUGCCGUAGCCGGCUCUCCUCGUUCCAUCAUUUCACGGUUCGAUUACAAAGACGGACGCGAAAAAGCUGAACACGUGCUCGUCAUCCUAACCUCCUUACUAUCCGAUCCCGCGUGUUACACCAAAUUUGUCUCCGCCCUGCCUAUCACCCGUAUCUGCCUCCUUCUACUCGGAGAUAAACCUUCGGUACUCGUAGGAGCUCAGAUCCUCACCAUUAUUGGGAUUAGCAUAAGCACCUCCAUUUCUUUUGUACGCAAGUUUGAGUUGAUUUCCGGUUGGAAUGUGCUCAAGACAGUUCUACCAACCUGCUGGGGGCCCGAAGUUAAUGCAGUGGCGUUCGAUAUUCUCUUGGGGAGGUUAUCAACUAAUGGCCAAAGGAGUGCUGAGCCUGCGGAAUAUGUUGUCACCUGUCCGCAAAUGGUGCCUCCUAUACUCUCCGCGUUGAAGGCGGGUCUGAGUAUUGUCGCUAAAAACUGUGAAAUGACAGAGGAUGCGGAUGAGCGGAGCCAAUACGGCUGGACUACAGAGUCUACAAUGGAGGAGCUCACCGAAAGUCUUCUGAGCCUUCACGCCUCGAGUGGGACGUUCCGUCUAGUUUUCCAGUCUCAACAAAGCACCCAAUUGUUCAUAGCUGCUUACAAAGGGUUUGUGGAUAAAAUAUCAAAUGCAUCACAGAUAAAUGCGAGAGCUAUCCGGAUACUGGAAAAAAUGUCACAUUUUGGACUUGCUUUAGCGCUAGAUAAUGCAGUGGCUGGUACUCAAAAGCGCGAGAUCUUAGAUAUCUUACAAUCGGCCGAGGGAGUGCUUAAUCCCAGUGCCGAGAAGACCAACAUCGAUCCCAGCUUAGUCCAAGAUACUCGUACUGUCCGACAACGGUUUGCCUCUGCUCGAUUUAGCAUGCAAGUAGGCGAACGUACUGUGAUCAAAACCGUUAACAGAAUGAUUGAAUGGCGUCAAACCAUCCGUGUUUCCGAACGGAAGCGGUUGCGGAAGAACAUCCUCGAUCUUCGGGAGAAUCGUCGACAAGUGUCUCGUCUGUAUGAAUGGACGCUCAUGCUGACUGCUGAGCGUGGGCUAUGGGCUAGUCAAGAGCCUCGUUUGUGGCGGUUAGAUGAAACUGAGGGUCCUCAUAGGAUCAGGAAAAAGUUGGAGCCCGAAAGCAACAAAUCUUUGAAUGUUCGCGCCGAAGAAUAUCAUCGCAUCCGAGACGUUGUGGUUCCUGAAACCGAUAAUGGCUCUGUCGUUACUGUCGAAGUGCCACCAUGGGCGGAAAGUUACGAAAUUUCUUCAACGGAUAUGGAAGAUCGCCAAUUGGCGGAAGAAAUUUCAGAAGACAAGCAUCGCAGGGUACGGCAUGAACUAGAACCAGGAGAUGUCAUUGAAUCUGUGGGCACUGUGGCAAGGGUUGCUGGAGUGGAUUCUUCUCCCGGGCUGCUUAUUAUAGGCCGGACGCAUGUAUACAUGCUAGACGGGCUAAUCGAGAGUGAGGAUGGGGAGGUAAUCGACGCUCACGAUGCACCCAAAUCUUUGUUCUUUGUACCUGGGAGUAUUGUUGAACUUGAUGGGCCGCAAAGAGCACAAAGAUGGUCUCAUGAACAAAUUGCUACAUUCAGCAACAAAUCAUUCCUGUUUCGGGACGUAGCACUUGAAAUAUACUUCAAAGAUAGUCGUUCGUUGCUGGUUGUCUUUAUUGAUAAACAAAAGCGUUCGGAAAUCGAUCAGCGUCUGACCACCAUUACAACGCGUGCUUCUGAGUCUGCCCAUACCCCAGGAUUAUUACGAACGCCUCUAUUUGGAAUAGUCAGUGCCCGAGUUCUAUCAGGUUUAUGGACAGAUGAGCUUUCUACCGCUCAACGCAAAUGGCAAGCCCGAGAAAUAAGCAAUUUCACAUAUCUUUGCGUUCUGAAUCAAAUUUCGGGAAGAACGCCUAGCGAUGCGACGCAGUACCCCGUCUUUCCAUGGGUGUUACAAGAUUAUACCUCGUCUACUCUGGACUUAUCAAAUCCAGAGACCUUCAGAGACCUCACGAAACCAAUGGGAGCACAAACCGCACCUCGUCGGGAGGCUGCCGAAACCCGCUAUAGUAAUCUAGAGAGCGUGGGCGAGAAACCGUUCCACUACGGUACACAUUUCAGCUCUUCUAUGAUUGUUUGCCACUUCCUCAUACGGAUGUCACCAUUCACCAACAUGUUCAAGACUCUACAAGGUGGAGAUUGGGACCUUCCAGAUCGUCUCUUCAGUGACAUAGCCCGUGCAUACGAGUCUGCGGCUCGCGACGUUCGAGGUGAUGUUCGAGAACUCAUUCCCGAAUUCUUCAACUGUCCUGAGUUUCUUGAGAAUUCCUCCAACCUUGAUUUCGGAGUCCAGCAGAAUACUGGCGAGCGAAUACAUGACGUGAAAUUGCCACCUUGGGCAAAGCAAGAUCCCUUGCUGUUCAUCAUCAUGAAUCGUAAAGCUUUGGAAAGCCCCUACGUCAGCGAGAACCUACCUGCAUGGAUUGACCUGAUCUGGGGACACAAUCAGCGAGACCCAGCUGCUUUGAACGUUUUCCACCCUCUUUCAUAUGAAGGAUCUAUUGACCUUGACUCGAUCACGGAUGAAUUGGAACGCGAAGCCACUGUUGGCAUUAUCCAUAAUUUCGGACAAACGCCCCGGAAGCUCUUCACGACUCCACAUCCUAAUCGUUACAAUCAUGGUCUUCCCACCUUACCUAUUGGGACUCUUCAUGGUAUCGAAGAAGAUGCACAUCUUCUCGUGCAGGGCAGCAGAUGUUUCAAAGACUUGGGUCCCAACGUUCCAGUCACCAGCCUGGUCUUGGACAUGAUAGGGGAAAAGAUCCUACCUUGUCCGGCAGGAGUUUUAUCCGUCCCAUCACAUCCGCACGAACAAAUUGAGUGGGCCACAUCUCAUACCGGAGCUAAAGAAGUCCGGGUAGUAGUAGACCAUAAAGUCGUACAAGUCAUCGAAGGCUCUUUCUGCUCUUGCGCUGCAUUCGCAGAUUCGAACAAUCUGGUUACAGGGUCAAGCGACUAUACGGUCAGGCUUUGGACAAUGUCACGCGCAGGCGGCCACCUCCCUUUGAAUGUCUCCCAGGCACAUAUCAUGCGGGUUCAUACGGAUGAGGUCGUCAGUGUCGCAGCGUGUCGGGCGUGGUCUGUGAUUGUGAGCGGGUCGAGAGAUGGAAGUGCGGCGUUGUGGGAUCUUAAUCGGGCGGUCUACGUUCAGUCCAUUUGGCAUGGAGAAGGUGGAGAGAUGUCUACGGUCUCAUUGAUUGAUAUCAAUGAAAGCACGGGGUAUAUUGCGACUUGUUCGCGGUUAAAAUUAUGCCUGCACACCAUAAAUGCUCGUCCUAUCGCGGUGUUGGAUUUGACGACACUGCCCAACUACAACGUUCUACAACCAACCAUAACCGCGCUUGCUUUCCACGAACGGGAAUACUCACACCUAGGUGUCUUAGCUACAGGUGGCUCAGACGGUACCAUUACGCUAAGAACAUGGAGUGCCGAUAACACCCCGGAGGGUGAAAAAGCUCGUUGGGAGUUUGUAACAUUACGCUUAAUGAAAGUACGGGCACCUGUAGGCAGAGGUAUUUCACCUUUCCCUGCAGUGACUGCGUUGAAAUUCCUAGGUGAAAGUCUGUGCCAUGGUGAAGAUACAGGUAAAUCGUUCGUGUGGAGUCUGCCUGACUAGUCACUAUAUAUUGUUUAUGUAUUUAUCCUGCUGUGUGUGUAUUCAUUCGCGCUUUCAAU